AGUUGAAGUCGACUCUAUACGGUUGAAAAUAAAAGUCUUUUUCUAGCGGUGGAUCGAUAUGACAUUGUCAUAUUGUCUAUUGAAACUAUUGGAAAAUAUCAACAUUAUGUAUUACGUUUUCAGUCGGCAAUUUUAAAAUAUAAAGGUUUACUAUUGUCAUUUGCAAAUGCCUCCCAAAAAGCAACCGGAGAAAGGAGGAAAAGCGGGUGGGAAUGCAAAAGCUAGUGGUAAAUCGGGUGGCGAUGCUAAAGAAUCGGCGUCAAAAGAAAAGAAAGGUGGAACAGCUGUCAAAGUGCGUCACAUACUGUGCGAGAAGCAGUCAAAAUGCUUGGAAGCUUUGGAAAAAUUAAAAGCCGGUCAAAAAUUCCCGGAUGUAGCAGCCGCGUACAGUGAGGAUAAGGCACGACAAGGCGGGGACCUCGGCUGGAUGACCCGGGGUUCUAUGGUGGGUCCAUUUCAGGAUGCUGCAUUUGCCUUGCCUAUAUCAUCAGUGACAAGUCCAGUGUAUACUGACCCACCAAUAAAAACCAAGUUUGGCUACCACAUCAUAAUGGUAGAAGGGAAAAAAUGACCGACAUGGUGUUUGAGUUUGAAUAUUUCUGGGCGAUACUUUUAUUGUUUGUUAUGGAGAGGAUAUGUUGCUUGCAGGAGCAAUUUGACAAGGACUUUAUAUUGUUACCUGAUCCACAGAGAUCUAAUGAGUCCUUUGAUUUAGAUAUGGAGGACUUUGCUAAUAGAGAGUAAGUUACAAUUUCUUUUGUAAAUAUAUAUAUUUUUUUUGUUUAGGCUUUUAUAAAAUUCUCUGUUAGUAUUUACUUAAAAAUAUUUCAUAAGAAUGUUUUGUAAUGGUUACACUCUUUUUUCCUUUAAUGAUUUAUGUAUAAUCCUUUUCGAGUAAUAAGUAAAGCUUUUACUGUAUUUACUAAAUUUGUUGAAAAAUGUGUAACAGUAUAUAUCAAUAUUGUAAAGGAUUUAUUUGUGUAUUAUAUAUAGGAGACUCAAUGGUGUUUGAACAUAUUAAAACAAUAGGCAAAUCUGUUCUGCAUGAUCUCUUAACAAUUGCUACCUGCUAACAAUAUAACAUAAAGAAAAUAAAAAAGAAUAUCUGAAAAAUUAAAUGGACUAUAAAAUAUAUAAACACCUCACUGCUUUUCAUUGAAAGUUUGCUUCAUGAUAAAUGAAAUAGCUGCCUUAAGUGAAUUUUUAGAAAACCAUAUGUUUUAAAAGAUAAUUUGACAUAAAAAUUAUUAUAAGUAAAUUUCAUAUUUCUUUGUUUCAGUUUUGGUUUAAAGCUCAGUUUCCUCCGGUUGUGUCGGAUAAUGCAUGUGUCAAUGUUGCUGACACUAAUUUACUUCUGCAAUGUAUCCCUUUGGUUUAUAAUGAGCAAAAAAGCAUCACCCAGAAAUAUGAGAUACAAAUUCAGAGUGACCAUGCCUUGAUGCUUUUGUUAUAAAAUAUUAUGAUAUUACAACUUUGAUGCAUUUAUAUAUUAUUAACAAACAAAGCCUUAAUUAUACUUAAUUAGGAAGGUAGUGGUUCUCUUGGAUGUGAUAUCCUAUUUUCGAUUUAUUGUACAUAAAUGCUUUGAAUAAAUACAUCAUUGUGAAUGCAUUUUGUAAGGAAAUAAAACAUUGAUUUAAAAUUUGUUAUA